UGUGUAUAUGAAAGCUUCCCUGAGAUUCCUUUGGAAGAAACUUCUGAAAAUGAUGGAGAACCAAGCACUUUGUCACUCAGUAUUCAUGAACAAUCAUCUCCAGCAACAUCAAGUGAAGCCUUCACACCAAAGGAGGGAUCUCCUUACAAAGCUCCAAUAUACAUUCCUGAUGACAUACCAAUUCCAUCAGAGUUGAGCUUCGAGAAUCAAAUAUUCCUGGAGCCGGAUUAGGGAUAUGGGCCAAAAGGAAGAUUGAAGUGGGUGAAAGAUUUGGACCAUAUGUAGGAGAACAUUGCCCAAGUCUGAAAGAUCCUGGCAAUGGAUGGGAGAUCUUGGAUGAGUAUUACAAUGUGAAAUUCUGCAUUGAUGCCAGUCAGCCAGAUGUAGGAAACUGGCUGAAGUAUAUCAGAUUUGCUGGAUGCUAUAAUCAGCCCAACCUUGUUGCAUGUCAAAUAAGUGAUCAGAUAUAUUACAGAGUGGUGAAAGACAUUGAAGCUGGAGAAGAGCUCCUUCUGUUCAUGAAGACUGAAGACUAUUUACAUGAUCCUAUGGCUCCAGACAUUCAUGAGGAGCGUCAAUAUCGGUGUGAAGACUGUGACCAGCUGUUUGAGUCCAAAGCAGAUCUUGUGGACCAUCAGAAAUUCCCAUGCAGCACACCUCACUCAGCAUUUUCGAUGGUGGAUGAGGAAUUUCAGCCAAAGCUUGACAAGGAGAAUGACCUCCAUGAUAUGCAUGACAUUCAAGAGUGCAAAGAAUGUGACCAAGUGUUCUCUGAUGUGCAGAGCUUAGAAAAGCACAUGCUAUCGCACACCGAAGAGAGGGAGUACAAGUGUGACCAGUGCCCCAAAGCCUUUAACUGGAAAUCCAACUUGAUACGCCACCAGAUGUCCCAUGACAGUGGGAAGCAUUAUGAAUGCGAAAACUGUGCCAAGCAGGUUUUCACGGACCCCAGCAACCUCCAGAGACACAUUCGUUCGCAGCACGUUGGGGCUCGUGCGCAUGCUUGUCCAGAGUGUGGUAAAACUUUUGCCACUUCUUCAGGCCUCAAACAGCACAAACAUAUCCACAGCAGUGUCAAGCCUUUUAUAUGUGAGGUCUGCCAUAAGUCCUAUACUCAGUUUUCAAACCUUUGCCGUCAUAAGCGUAUGCAUGCUGAUUGCAGAACCCAAAUCAAGUGCAAAGACUGUGGACAAAUGUUCAGCACUACGUCUUCCUUAAAUAAACACAGGAGAUUUUGUGAGGGCAAGAACCAUUUUGCGGCAGGAGGAUUUUUUGGCCAAGGCAUAUCACUUCCUGGAACCCCAGCUAUGGAUAAAUCUUCCAUGGUUAAUAUGAAUCAUGCAAAUCCGGGCCUUGCUGACUAUUUUGGUGCCAAUAGGCAUCCAGCUGGUCUUACCUUUCCAACAGCUCCUGGAUUUUCUUUUAGCUUCCCUGGUCUGUUUCCUUCAGGCUUGUACCACAGGCCACCUUUGAUACCUGCUAGUUCUCCUGUUAAAGGACUUCCAAACGCAGACCAAUCAAUCAAAAGUCAAAGUCCCCUCAUGACACAUCCUCAGACACUGCCAGCUACCCAGGAUAUUUUGAAGGCACUAAAUAAGCACCCACCUAACCUAAGUGAAAAUAAGCCAGUGGAGCUUCAACCAGAAAGGUCCUCCGAAGAGAGGCCACAUGAAAAGAUCAGUGACCAGUCAGAGAGUAGUGACCUUGAUGAUGUCAGUACCCCCAGUGGGAGUGACCUGGAGACCACCUCUGGCUCUGAUCUGGAAAGUGACAUUGAAAGUGAUAAAGAGAAAUGUAAAGAAAAUGGUAAAAUGUUCAAAGACAAAGUAAACUCUCUGCAGAAUUUGGCUUCCGUAAAUAAUAAGAAAGAAUACAGCAAUCAUUCCAUCUUCUCACCAUCUUUAGAGGAGCAAACUGCGGUGUCAGGAGCUGUGAAUGAUUCUAUAAAGGCCAUUGCCUCUAUUGCUGAAAAAUACUUUGGUUCGACAGGACUUGUGGGGCUACAGGACAAAAAGGUUGGAGCCUUACCUUACCCUUCCAUGUUUCCCCUCCCAUUUUUUCCAGCAUUCUCUCAGUCAAUGUACCCAUUUCCUGAUAGAGACUUGAGACCGUUACCUUUGAAAAUGGAACCCCAAUCGCCAGGUGAAGCAAAGAAGAUCUUAAAGGGAAACUCCGAGUCUCCCUUUGACCUUACCACUAAACGUAAGGAGGAGAAACCACUUACUCCUAUAACCUCAAAACCAGCAGCUCCAUCAGUGACCAACCAGGACCAGCCUCUAGAUUUGAGUAUGGGCAGCAGAAGUCGAGCUAGUGGUACAAAACAGACUGAGCCUCGGAAAAACCAUGUGUUUGGAGGAAAGAAAGGAGAUGUUGAUCUUGAAUCAAGGAAGUCAUCAGACAUCUCUUUGCAACAUGCAAGGCCAACACCUUUCUUUAUGGAUCCCAUUUACAGGAACGUCGACCUCCACUGCAAUCAAAGGUGUUUCACUCAAGAACUCAAAACACGUUGUACCAUAGCAACACAACGUGGAACUCAAGGAGUAGAAAAAAGAAAGCUAACUGACCCACUUGAAGCUUUAAAAGAAAAGUACUUGAGACCAUCCCCGGGAUUCUUAUUCCACCCACAAUUCCAAUUGCCUGAUCAAAGAACUUGGAUGUCAGCUAUAGAAAACAUGGCUGAAAAGCUAGAGAGUUUUAGUGCCCUGAAACCAGAAGCCGGUGACAUCAUGCAAUCUGUCCCUUCCAUGUUCAACUUCAGAGCCCCUCCCAGCACCCUGCCAGAGAACCUUCUACGAAAAGGCAAAGAGCGCUAUACCUGCAGAUACUGCGGCAAGAUAUUUCCAAGAUCUGCAAAUCUUACCCGUCACCUGAGAACACACACUGGAGAACAGCCUUACAGAUGCAAAUACUGUGACAGGUCUUUUAGUAUAUCGUCUAACCUGCAGAGACAUGUUCGUAACAUCCAUAAUAAGGAGAAGCCCUUCAAAUGUCACUUAUGUGACCGGUGCUUUGGCCAACAAACCAACUUAGAUAGACAUCUCAAAAAACACGAGAAUGGCAACAUGUCUGGUACUGCUACGUCUUCACCUCAUUCUGAACUUGAAAGCACAGGUGCUAUCCUAGAUGACAAAGAAGACUCAUACUUUACUGAAAUUCGUAAUUUCAUUGGGAAUAGCAACCACAACAAUUCAGAAGAAAGAAUUAAUGGAAGUCACUUUAAGGAUGAAAAGACUCUGGUGACAAGCCAGAACUCAGACUUGUUGGAAGAUGAAGAAGCAGAAGAUGAAGUAAUGAUGGAUGAAGAAGAUGAAGAAAGUGAGAUAACAGGGGGGUCUGUUAAAGAACCAGCUGUAAGCAACAUAUGUGAAGAGGGUGACUAUGAAGAAGCAAAUGCUUUGGAAAUGAAUUGCAAGACUUCUCCUGGCAGGUAUAAGGAAGAUGAGUUUAAUAAAACUGGACUUUCUGCAUUGGACCAUAUAAGGCACUUCACUGAUAGCCUCAAAGUGAGGAAAGUAGAAGAAAGCCAGUUCAGUGAAGCUGAACUGGCAGCGUUUAGCACCUCCCAUCUUCCAGAAGACUUAAAGCAGCCAUUGUGUCGCAAGUCCAAAUCCCAGGCCAUUGCUAUGAUGCUUUCACUCUCUGACAAGGACUCUCUCCACUCUGCACCCCACAAUUCAUCCAAUGUGUGGCACAGUAUGGCAAGAGCUGCUGCAGAAUCCAGUGCCAUCCAGUCCAUUAGUCAUGUAUGACACCGUCAAAUGUAACAGGAUUGGGACCAAGUCCAAACUAGCAACAUGGCUCUUUGCUAGAAGACUAUUUAAAAGACUGCAGAGCAGAAUGCCUUAGAAAUCUGAUGGGUCACAUUUAAAGUCAGGUGACCUUAAACUGAAUGAUUUGAAAGAAAGAAAGAAAACUAUUUAUUCUCAAUCUUUUUGUUUUGCACAGCGAAGGCAGCUGCUGACAUUUUGAGGAUCAAUGCGACUUUCAAAAUACAUGGAUCAAAUAGACUUUGUUGGGGAAUAUGUGUCUUCCACUCCACCUGCUUGGGGAGGGACUUAUGGGUUAAGAUGUGUAUUGUUACACAAACGUUAGCACUCCUUUAAACUAAAACAGAAUUGUUUUUUCCCUUUUUGAGUCUCCCCCUCCCCACCGUGUAGAAUGGUAAUUGUAGGCAGGAUUAGGAGCAGUUGCUUUUCUAUACAAAUCCUCUUCAUCUAUGCUUUAUGCGUUUGAAACCAUUUAAGGAAGACAAAGCAGUUCCCUCGAAUGUACAUCAACCAUUAAUCUAGAACCUAAUGACAAUGAAUAUUUUGCCCCCUCCUUAACUUUUGCCUUCUGAACUGCAUUGUAAAAAUAAAGAACCACAUGAGACAAUAAUGUAAGACGUCUGUGUAUAUUGUAAAAAAAGGAAAAAAAAACUUGGGAGAGUUCAGCAAUUAAAGGAGGUGAGUCUUUCAGCAUACUACAUGCAAAAGACCACAGUCAUCAAACAUACCACUAUAGUUCAAUGUUUCCCUGAUCAAUGUAAUGGCAUUUUAAUUUUAGACAAUCAUGUCACUGUUUUGUUUGUUUUAUUUUGUUGGUGUUCAUUUGUUGCUCUUGAUUUCUUUCUUUAUUGGUGUUGCGUGUACAUGUAUUUAUUUGUUGGCAAACAAUUGUUUGUGGAUUAAGAAAAAAGCACUCUUGCUAAAUGUAGCACUGUUCAUAUGAAAUUAAUAGCACUGUUCCAGUUCUCUCCAACUCCACCCCACAUCAUUUUUCUGGGCACCCAUGGACUUAAAAAAAGGAGGCGAACUGAUCUGCAUAUAUGUUCGUGCAAACAGUGUUUAAAACAGAUUUCUUACACUCCUCUUUUACUAUCUUUUUUUUCCUUUUACUGAAACUAAAUAAUGAAUAGAGGUGAUUUAGAGAUUUUUUUGUAAUACAGCAAAAAUGAUUCAAAUGUAUAAAGCAUUCUAAUUUUUUCUUCACGAAAGCAUGAUUCUUCUGAUUAAAAAAAAAGAAAAAGAAAACUGUACCCAAUAUUUUAUGCCGGUUGUCUGCGAGCUUGUGUGAUGUUACGUUCAUGUUAAUCCUAUUUGUAAAAUGAAGUGUUCCAAACUUAUGUUUAAAAAAGAAAACCCCCAAUAAAUAAAUAAUGAAUUGUAUUCGGUUAUUUUGGGGGCAGGGGCGGGAGGGGACCAAGAAUUUCGCCCUUUUGGUGAGGGACCAGAUUUUAUUUUCUUUUUUGUUUAUUAUCUCAUUUUGGAAUAACCAGCAAGUUGAGGUACUUUCUUUAAAUGCUUUGUACAAUGUAACUGUUAUGCAUUUCAGUACAUUACUAUGGGAGGAUCAAAUUUAAAAAAAAUAAAGGAUUACAAAAUGAA